GCCUAUCGUUCGCGGUGCCCACCACCAAAGUGACGUGGAACGAAAAAAGACGAAGCCACACGAAGCCGAGGCGAGCACGUCAGUUCACAAGAUUCAGAUUCCACUUCGCCUGUUCACAUUUUCCAGAUCGGUCGGUCCAGAAAAACAAAUAGCCCAAAAUGCCCGCUCCUGCAAGUUCGACGUCCGUGGGCAGCGGAUCGCGCUCGCCCAGCAAAUUAUCGGCGCCACGUAGCGCCGGAUCCGGAGGCGGCAGCACCCUGAAGCAGCGCAAGACCACCACCAGCACCACGGCGGCCCGGAGCCGUGCACCCGGCGGAGCUGGAACAGGUGGCAUGUGGCGCUUCUACACGGACGACUCGCCCGGUAUCAAGGUUGGACCCGUGCCCGUGCUGGUCAUGUCGCUGCUCUUCAUCGCAUCCGUCUUCAUGCUGCACAUCUGGGGCAAAUACAAUCGUUCUUAAGCCAUUCAAUUCAAUAGCCAAUAAAAUACUUUCACCUCAACGAACGUGAGCACUGUCGACGUCACCAUUUCUUUCGCGGCAAGAUAACAAGAGAUCCAUUCCGCUUGUUGAGGCAUUGGUGUGUUUUCCGCAUGAAAUUAAUUAUACCUAAGCCUAAGUUAAAGACGUGUUUAAACGUAAUGCAUAUUUUCAAAAUUUAUCGUAUUUUUCCCAACCGCUCGCUGGGCUGGGAGUCCAUUCCACAAUUUAUCGUGGUCAUGUGCAUCUGAAAUUCCACGCGCAGCCGUUGCAAUUCAAAAUUUGUAAGACAUUCAACGAAAAGUGUUAAGAACAAAUAAAUUUUGUAUUAUACAAA